AGCUGUGGUAUUUAUUAUAUUUUACUAUUUCUAAGUUAACCGAUAAAGGUACGCGAUUGCUGAUUGAUAGUAAUUCGCAUUCAGAAAUCAGGCUUUGGCUUUAUAGUUUAAAGUUGAUUUCGGUUUUUAAGUUUGUUAUCGUAGGUGUUGGUGGAAUUAUCGGACUCUAAUCAGUCAAAUCUUAAUUUACCUACUCAUAGUAGAUACCUAUUUAGAAAUUUAGAAUCGAGUUUGUCUUUAAUUAUUAACGUAUAAUAUAAUAGUGACGACGUUAUAAUUAAAACUAAUUGCUUUUUUUAAAAUUUAAUUUUCAAACUGAAAUCAAAAGUCCACUAUGAGCAAAUCGAUUGCUGAUUCAGAAGAUCAAUUAGCAGAAAUGGAAGAAGCAUUUCAAUUGUUUGAUAAUAGAGGUGAUAAUAAAAUACACAUAUCACAUAUAGGUAAUGCUCUUCGCGCAUUAGGUCAAAAUCCUACAGAGUCAGAUGUAAAGAAGUUUACACAACAGCAUAAAACUGAUGAACGCAUUCCAUUUGAUGUGUUUUUUCCCAUUUAUCAAGCUAUAUCUAAAAAUCGUUCCUCAAAUACAGCUGAUGAUUUUAAUGAAGGAUUACGACAUUUUGACAAAGAUGGAAAUGGAUUUAUAUCAUCUGCAGAAUUACGCCACUUACUUACCACACUUGGAGAAAAGCUUACUGAUGAAGAAGUUGAACAGUUAUUAACUGGACAAGAAGAUUCUUUAGGAAAUAUAAAUUAUGAAGAAUUUGUGCGUUCUGUAACAUCGGGUUGAAUGGUUUGAUCAUUUUUUACUAUUUCUUUUUCUUUUUAUUUAAUUCAAUGUUUUACCUAAUCAAUUAUAAUUUAAUCAUUAUGAAUACAUUUAAAUACAUACUUUUAUAUUAUUUUGUCACCAUUAUAUGAGAAAAACAGUAACUAUUUUGUGUAUUUAUUUAACUUAAUAAAAUAAAUUGGCUUAAGCUUAUUA